AUGUGUCCUCUACGUGACGACAACAAGCGAACACAAGACGUUAUAGCGUUAAACGUUGUGUUAUCAGCGGACGGUAUAACGCAAAGUAAUCAGGGAGAAAGCAGUCGAUUUUACGAGAAGAAAGCCCAAAUACUAACAAAAGCUUGUGAAAAGGAGAUUAAAAUCCAUGGCAAUGGUCUCGUCAUCGAUUUUGAUCUCCUACGGCAAGAAAUAGGUCAUCACCCAAAUGGACAACGAUCUUCGCAAAGAGAUCAGUUCAUCGAAAUGACGAUCUACAACGGACAUGGAUCAAUAGAGUCAUCAACCAUUCAGUGCGAGGAGCUUUGCUUUGCACAUCCAGAAGUUUGCAGAACAGCUCAGUUUGAUAUUGAGAAGAAGAUAUGUGAAAUAUUUUCCUUUCCAUCACUUUUGAAGACUAAAACAAAGACCAACUAUAAAGGGCGUCGUAGACUCUAUCGGAAUGUCGGCUUUUCAACAAAGUCCUUUCGGAGUUGUUCCCCGGCACUCCAGCCAUCCAUAGGGACUGUUUACCUUGUUCCGCGACAAGAAUGCUUCGACGAUCUAAAGCCGAUCGCCUUUAUGGAAGGUGCAGUCGUACCUACACUUAAGGAGAAAGUAAUCGCUACUCAGGUAGGACAAGAGCAGUCGCAUCCACCACGAGAUCCAUUUUCAGCCAUUCCUGUAGAGGUGUUACCAAUUAUUCCAGACUGUCCAAUAGGAGAGAAAGCACGGACACAAAUUAUUGAUGGUGUGGAAGUUGUAUCGGCUGCUUCCGCUACCUUCAGAGUAGAUUCACCAGAGAAAUGUGUUCACGCUUGCAUGACUAGUAGUUAUCCGGAUGGUUCACGGCUUCCACUACUCUGUCGUUCUUCCCAGUUUGUUCGGAAAUCCUUCAAGUGUUCCGUUUAUCCCGAUGCUUUAAAUCCAAAUGGAUACUUAGAGUACAAACCCAAUCCGAAUGUACUUUACAUGGAAAAACUGUGCAUAUCAGAAGAAAUCCUACCUCUCUCAUGUGAUGAAAUCUUCCGAAGGAUUCCUCAACAUGUUAUAAUUGGCCAUGCCUCCGAGAUCCUAACUGUCUCAAGUGAGGAAGAGUGCAUAUGCGAGUGUAUUUUGGCAAAGGUCAAAAGAGAUAUCGACUGUCGAUCGCUUCUUCAUUAUCCGGAGGUUCAAACUUCUAACUGUAUUCUGAACAUCCACAGCAGGCUCACUAGAUCAGAAUAUUUCAUGCCCGAGUUAGAAUAUAAAGUCGACUAUGUGCAGAUUCCUGAGUGUGCAAGAAAAGCUGGAGGAGCCAAUCUGGAUUCAACUGUUUCGAAUAACCGAGAACCUUUGAUGUCAAUCGAUACGCGAAUUGUUGAGAAUGACAAAGAUUUUGGAUUACCUCCAGGAAUAGGUUCGGUAGAGUCGGAGUGGUCUGAGUGGACAACUUGUGAUCCAAAAACAAGCACUCACAGGAGAGAACGUCUGUGCACUGACUGUGUUGAACAAAUACAAAUACAGCCAUGUUUCUCCAAUAACAAUUUCGACGAUAUAUUGGAAAGUUUUGUCACCGAACAGGAUAAAGCUGAUCUACCCGGAAGCCAACGUCUAAAACCGACAAAAAACAAACCAUCUAUAGAUAUUAUUCCAUUUCCAAUAAGUCAAAUGAUCGCGGAAAAUAACAAAACUGCCGAUAUAGAGUACUUUGGGCCACCUUUUAAGAAUCUCUCACCCACAUGGAAAUCGACGUUCCGAAGAAUUUGA